AGAAGAAGCAGGCUACGCUGUGGCUGGCCCUUCCGUGGGCUGGGAAAGGAGUGGCCACGGUGACACCCACCCGCCCACCAGGCUGGUGGUCUAGCCCCUUCGGGGCGCCAAACCAUGAAGUGUUCCCUGCGGGUGUGGUUCCUCUCCGUGGCCUUCCUGCUGGUGUUCAUCAUGUCACUGCUCUUCACCUACUCCCACCACAGCAUGGCCACCUUGCCCUACCUGGACUCGGGGGCCCUGGGCGGGACCCACCGGGUGAAGCUGGUGCCUGGCUAUGCUGGCCUGCAGCGCCUCAGCAAGGAGGGGCUCACCAGCAAGAGCUGUGCCUGCCGCCGCUGCAUGAGUGACGCUGGCACCUCCGACUGGUUUGAUAGCCACUUCAACAGCAACAUUUCCCCCGUGUGGACCCGAGAGAACAUGGAUCUGCCUCCAGAUGUCCAGAGGUGGUGGAUGAUGCUGCAGCCCCAGUUCAAGUCACACAACACCAACGAGGUGCUGGAGAAGCUGUUCCAGAUAGUACCAGGCGAGAACCCAUACCGUUUCCGGGACCCCCACCAGUGCCGGCGCUGCGCAGUGGUGGGGAACUCAGGCAACCUGCGGGGCUCUGGCUAUGGUCCAGAUGUGGAUGGGCACAACUUCAUCAUGAGGAUGAAUCAGGCGCCAACCGUGGGCUUUGAGCAGGAUGUUGGCAGCCGAACCACCCACCAUUUCAUGUACCCAGAGAGUGCCAAGAACCUGCCCGCCAACGUCAGCUUCGUGUUGGUGCCCUUCAAAGCCCUGGACCUACUAUGGAUUGCCAGCGCUUUGUCCACAGGGCAGAUCCGAUUCACCUAUGCGCCAGUCAAGUCCUUCCUUCGAGUGGACAAAGAAAAGGUUCAGAUCUAUAACCCAGCCUUCUUCAAGUACAUCCACGACCGGUGGACAGAGCAUCACGGGCGGUACCCUUCCACAGGGAUGCUUGUGCUCUUCUUUGCCCUGCAUGUGUGUGAUGAGGUGAACGUGUACGGGUUCGGGGCCGACAGCCGGGGCAACUGGCACCACUACUGGGAGAAUAACCGGUACGCGGGCGAGUUCCGGAAGACGGGAGUGCACGACGCCGACUUCGAGGCCCACAUCAUCGACAUGCUGGCCAAGGCCAGCAAGAUCGAGGUCUACCGAGGCAACUGAGCCCGGCCUCGCCGCGACCCUUCCGGCCCAGCCGCGACCCUUCCGGCCCAGCCGCGAGGCGGCGGCGCGCGCUUCCAGCCGGGACUCCCGGCCAGCCCGAGGGCGGUGGCCUCGGGGAGGGCGCGGCGCCCGGUUGGGCGUCUCCAGGCCUUGGGAGCGGCGCCAGGCCGCGGUCUGGACCAAUCAUGCUGCAAGUCCAGCGAGCGCCGGCUGGCCCUCGCCAAUCAAGAGACAUGGGGGCUGGUCCGGGCCUGGCACCCAAUCAGCGCUGCAGUCGGAGCGGAGACUCUCCCAACCAAUCAUGCGACUCAAGGAGAACUUCCGGCGCCGGGUCCCGUCUCCUCCAAUCAAUGGCCUUCGGAGGCGGGCCGGCGGCCGCUGAAUCCCCACUCCCCUAUGCUUUGGGUAGGAUUUUAUUUCAUGCUUUUUAAGGA